AUGCGCGUUGAUUCUGUUGCCUGUUGCCUGGUGCCCCUCCCUCUAGCGUCUGACAACCACCUUUCUACUCUCUGCUUCUAUGAGUCUGACAGUUUUAGAUACUUCCGGUGGUCCUUGGGUCCCACACUGAGACCCGCUGCUCUGGUGGGUUCCAGGCUGGGGGUCUGGUCUUGUUCGUGGGUGAGUGUCCUCAGCUCCUGCUUGGUGCCUGUCACAGGGAAUGACAGCAGACCCCCAGUAGGGGCCUUGGCUCACAUCAUGGCUUCCCCCUUCCACCAGCUGAGGGACUAUGGCAAGCCCCUCAGUCUCUCUGAGGUUGGCUCUGAGCUCCCUCUGAAUCAGGAAGGCCAUCAGCAAUCUGAAUCCAACAAUACAUUAAAAAGAUCAUCUGAGGAGGGCCCUGCAGCUCGGGCUGGGGUCCGAGUAGGUGACAAGCUCCUUGAGGUGAACGGCGUGGCCCUGCAGGACGCAGAGCACCAGCAGGCUGUGGAGGCGCUGCGUGGGGCAGGCGCCACCGUGCACAUGCGGCUGUGGCGGGAGCGCAAGGUGGAGCCUGAGAACCCGGUCACCGUCACGGCCCUGCGGCCCGAGGAUGACUACAGCCCGCGGGAGCGGCGAGGGGGCAGCCUGCGCCUGCCCCUGCUCCCACCCGAGCCCCCCAGGCGCCCCCGCCAGCGCCACGUGGCCUGCCUCGUGCGCAGCGAGAAGGGGCUGGGCUUCAGCAUCACAGGCGGGAAAGGCUCCACGCCCUCCCGGGGCGACGGGGGCAUCUUCAUCUCCCGCAUCGCUGAGGGGGGCGCCGCCCACCGGGCAGGCACCCUGCAGGUCGGCGACCGCGUCCUUUCUAUCAACGGGGUGGACAUGACCGAGGCCAGGUACGACCAUGCUGUCUCCCUGCUGACCGCCGCCUCGCCCACCAUCGCCCUGUUGCUGGAGCGGGAGGCUGGGGGGCCCCGAGCCCCGAGCCCUCCGCCCCACUCCUCCACCCCCCCCCCCCCCCCCCCCCCCCCCCCCGCUGCUGCCCCUGCUGCCCCAGGGGAGCCUGGGCCUCUGAGGCUGUCCCCUGGUUUGCUGGCCGCUGCCCUGGAGGGGCCGUACCCAGUGGAGGAGAUCUGUCUGCCCAGAGCGGGGGGCCCCUUGGGGCUCAGCAUCGUUGGGGGCUCCGACCACUCCAGCCACCCAUUCGGUGUCCAGGAGCCUGGAGUGUUCAUUUCUAAGGUGCUCCCGCGGGGCCUGGCUGCACGCAGCGGCCUGCGGGUCGGGGACCGCAUCCUGGCAGUGAAUGGGCAGGAUGUGCGGGAGGCCACGCACCAGGAAGCGGUCAGCGCCCUGCUCCAGCCCUGCCUGGAGCUGGUACUGCUCGUGCGGAGGGACCCGCCGCCCCCGGGCAUGCGGGAACUCUGCAUCCAGAAGGCCCCCGGGGAGAGGCUGGGCAUCAGCAUCCGUGGGGGCGCCAAGGGCCAUGCCGGAAACCCCUGCGACCCCACCGAUGAGGGCAUUUUCAUCUCCAAGGUGAGCCCCACAGGAGCAGCUGGGCGAGACCGCCGUCUGCGGGUGGGGCUGCGGCUGCUGGAGGUGAACCAGCAGAGCCUGCUGGGCCUGACACACGGCGAGGCCAUGCAACUGCUGCGCAGCGUGGGCGACACCCUGACUGUGCUGGUCUGCGACGGUUUCGACACCAGCACUGCCACCCCCGAGGUGUCCCCAGGCGUCAUCGCCAACCCCUUCGCGGCUGGCCUUGGCCGCCGGAACAGCCUGGAAAGCAUCUCCUCCAUCGACCGGGAGCUGAGCCCUGAGGGCCCCGGCAAGGAGAAGGAGCUGCCCGGACAGAUCCCACUGUGGGGCCCGGAGGCCACGGUGCUGCCUGGAAGUGGAGAGAUGGCUGAGGUCCCCUGCUCCCCUGGCCACCAGCAGCCCCCGUCCCCGCCCUCCCCUGCCGAGCUGCCGGCCAACCUGAAGCAAGCCUAUAGGACGUUCGCGGCUGUGCCCGGCCUACACCCGCCUCUGGACACCCCUGCCCAGCCCCCCAUGCCCGGGCCCAAGGCCUCGCCGGAGCAGCUGUCCUUCCGCGAGCGGCAGAAAUACUUCUAGCUGGAGAUGCGGGUGCCUCAGGCCGAGGGCCCCCCUAAGCGCGUGUCGCUGGUGGGCGCCGACGACCUGCGGAAGAUGCAGGAGGAGGAGGCCCGCAAGCUACAGCAGAAGAGGGCACAGAUGCUGCGCGAGGCAGCGGCCGACACGGUGCGCCCAGAAGCUGAUGCUCCCGAGGACGAGGAGCCUGAGGAGGAGCCACCCUGGGCCGGCCAGGGCCCCGCAGCUGAAGGGCUCGGCCCCGCGUCUCCCCCACCGCAGGGAGGCGGCGCCCCAGUGCGGACGGCCAAGGCCGAGCGGCGCCACCAGGAGCGGCUUCGCGUGCAGAGCCCCGAGCUGCCGGCCCCAGAGCGGGCCCUGUCCCCAGCUGAGCGCCGCGCCCUGGAGGCGGAGAAGCGGGCGCUGUGGAGGGCGGCCAGGAUGAAGUCCCUGGAGCAGGACGCCCUCCGCGCACAGAUGGUCCUCAGCAAGUCCCAGGAGGGCCGAAGCAAGCGGGGGCCCCUGAAGCGCCUGGCCGAGGCCCCCUCGCCCGCGCCCACCCCGUCACCCACCCCCUUGGAAGACCUCGGCCCCCAGACUGGCACCUCCCCAGGACGAUUGUCCCCAGAUUUCACUGAGGAGCUGAGGUCCUUGGAACCACCUCCAAGCCCAGGUCUGCCAGAGGAGGAUGGAGAGGUGGCCAUGGUGCUUCUGGGCAGGCCCUCUCCAGGCUGCAGUCCCGAGGAGGUGGCCUUGUGCAGCAGCCGCCGGGCCCUGCGGCCAGGGCGCCGGGGCCUGGGCCCAGUACCCUCCUAG